AUGGAUUCUUCCUCGAAUGGCCAUCAAUUGUCGGCCCCAAGCCCGGAAGAAGCCCAGCUGUCGCCGUCGGCCGCUAUCUCCUCGCCAUCCCCACCAUCACCUGUCAACGCCAAUGCCAUUAGCGAUUCCCCUUCUGGAAUACCCAUCGACCCAAUGCUUAUCCAUGAGUGCUGCUUGCCUGGCCAGACGGCUGAAGGAAACUUGGUCUCCAAGGCCGCAUACAAAAAGAAGUUGGCAAAGAUCAAAGUCAAGAAGCCUCUUCAAGAUGCGUGUCGAUACCUUCAACUACAUGUGGGCAGCCGUGCCAAUCUCCUGGUGCUUCAAGGAGCACUUGUGCGCCAUUGGUACCCCUCGCGCCCUGCAACAUCUGCUUUGCAGCCAUCAUCAGUCCACGCCGAACCUCGUGCUGCAGCCACCAUCCCAGAAAACUGCCCUAUCACUCCAUCCAGACAGUCGCAUGCCGCCCUCGAAGCCAACCUUGACAUAGACAAUGAUGCCCUGGUGGACGAAUAUGACGUCCUCGAUGGAAUGGGUCGUGAGAUGCUGGGGGCACUCGAUGUGGGUGAUCUUGAGGGCCUUGACAAGGAUGAAGAGCCUGAUGAAGAUGUUCUUGCUGAGGGUGACAAUUUUGAAUCAUAUAAGACACAAAAGUCCGUUGUGAAGUCAUGGCAGAUCUUUUUGGAUCAUGCUCUUGCCGAAGGGAAAGUUCACGAUGAUAUUGUUGAUGAACAUUCCCUUCUGGUUUUCUUGGAAUUCUCGGCCAACCGAUGCCGGCGCAACAAAUGCGGUGAAUACAUCCCGAAUACACGGGUUGGCGUGUCUCAAAUCAAGAAGGAAUUCUUUGGAGCCCUUCGUAUCCGAAAGAUGCAAGAUGUUCGUGAUCCUAGUCUCGCGACUUGCUGCCCAGCGACAACAGUCCAUGUGUAUGAUGCACUGAAGACUCGCAUGGACAAGGCACUGAGCGAUGCUCGAGAAGGGCUCAUUCCUGCAGAUGAUGCACCAGACAUUCACUGUGAACUGAAAUCAAUGAUAACAGGGCACUUGGCCUGGACAAUGAUGAAUGCAAGCGGAAAUUGUGGAGACGAUGUCCGGGCACUUCGUCUAUGCGAGAUGCAGCCGUAUUUGGAUUUCGUGCAUCCUAAUGGAGAAACAAGCGUCUUUGCCAUUCUCGGGCUUCAAUCCAACCAAGAGACAAAGACCAGGUCAAAGGCGAUGCAGACCCGAGAAUGCCAGAUUUGCCUCAUACACGGUGAAACGGUGACAGUGUUGUACCAUCCAACAGCCCUGCUCAAUCUCUUUGGUCAAGCAUUCAAGAAAGCCAAUGUCCAGAGCUGGAUUAAGGUACAUCUUGCCCGACACAUGCUUGGUUAUAAUCAGGCAAAGAUGGGGGUGAAUUCCAAUGAAACAGCAAAGAUGGGGUGGUCACAUGGGACAUAUCAGGAUGUAUAUGCCCCUGCAAUCCUGAAAACUGCUGUACUCGCAGCGCACGGCUUCCAACCGCAUGAGACGUAUAAACCGAUCUGGACAAAGGUUAAGGUUCCGGAUCAAUUUCUCCAACUCGUUCUCCUGAUGGCUGAAGAGAAUCUUUGUCUUGUGGAUGGUCGAGAGAAUCUUGUUGGGGCUGCCAAUUACUGGAAGAUGGCUAUCAGAUUACGCCCAUAUCUCUUCCAAUGUGCCGCUGCAAUCUAUCAAAUACUGCCUCAGUCAUCCAUGUUUCAUCUCCCAGCUUUGGCACAAGAUGAUCUGUUUCUGGUGGCCCAUGUGGAACGUAUUCAAAAUGAAAUGGUUCGCAAAGUAAUUGAGCAGCUAUGCCAGCAACACGGUGCGACACAGACAUCUGUCCAACAGCUCGCCUUGGGAAUUGAGAAGUUGAUGGCUAAAGUUGACCGGCGGACUUUGCAGUGGUCUCCAGCAAAGUCAGCAGACAACUCCAAUUUAAUGUGGUCUGAGAUUUUGGUGGGCUCGGCAUUGGCAGUCUCAGACCAGUCUCUCCAUGGCUUUGUAGUGCCCUCCCCUCAAUGUUCGUGCAAUACCCCACAGCUGCGAACACCUGUCGACCUUGUAGUCCCCCCUCUAUUUGCUUUUUGGCUCCCUGGCAAGGAUCUUUUCCUAAGUGAGCCGCUUUUCGAUGAGACAGCAGUGACAUGGGCCAAGGUAUUCUCAAAAAUUAAGCAGCCGGCUGUGCUUUGGGACAUCUGGAAGCCCUCGAAAUCAUUGGAUCAGAUGUCAGUGCAUGAGGUUUGGGACUGUUACAACGUCAGUGAGGCUAUCUUUGAUGAGGAGGGCAAUCAGACUGGGGUAAAACCCCCGCUUUGUCUUGUGCAUCAACGCUUCCAGUCCUUGUGGCGAAAGAGUGAUUUGCCUCGGAAAUUCUGGCAACGCUUCUGUGAGAUCCCCAAAUGGAUUGAAAAAGAAAUCAAGACUCGUGCAAUCACGGCCAAAGAUGCCCUUGCUGAACUCGAAGCAUUCAGGAAAGUGCCUGGGAAGGUCAACCUUCUCAGAACUAAUGCCUUGACAUUAUUCCUUGUGAAUCGUCGUAAGGAGGAAGUGCAGGUGCUCCAGGUACCAGAACUCAGUGGGGUUCAGGUGCUGCAGCCAGAACAGGCACCCACAAUGACUGGUGCUAAGUGCUGGGCUCCAACAAUUGCUGGACGCCCAAAACCCAAGAGAACAAAGCAAUAG